AUGGAGCUGAGUUCAGUGAUACUGUUGAUUUCAAGGUUCGGAGAACUAUUUUCUCAAUGCUGCAAUGAUAUAAAGGCUUAUGAGAGAUUAAUCACAUCCAUUGGCGGCGUUGUUGGAAGAUCAUCACAGGAUGAGGAAUAUCGUUUUAAGUUAGCAUCUUCUCGUAAGCUAUGGGAGACCUUGCAAAAAAGUCUCAAUUGCGUUGAACAGCCCUCCAUUAACGAUGAUAAGCUUUGUUUUUUUUAUGUUAGAUCGAUCCGGGCUCUUAUAUUAUUAAUGAGGAACCUUUCGGUGAGUAAUCAAGAGAUACCGCAAACACUACUGCUGCAAAAUUCGGUGAUCAGAUCUGUAUUAUUGGGAGCAUCUGUGAAAUGUGAAAAAGUUUCCGUUUCUUUAUACACACUCUCAUUGGAAUUUCUUCAUAAUAUCACUAAGGAGUCGGUAAUAUUUGAUGAGAAUGAGAUUGACUCUCUGAUGUGUUAUUUGAAAUAUCCCCUACAAAACUUGAAUGAGAUGAAUCAAGAGAUCUUGUUGACAUAUGCUUUGUUAUUCCUGAAUUUGACCGCUAGUGACGAUUUUCUCUAUCAUUUUGUCAGGCAUUGUGCAUGCUGUACCAUUCUAUGUGAUAUUCUGGUUGAGCAAAUCGCACAAAAGCACUCCAGUCUGUUUCAUCACCUGCACCAAGGACCAACGGUUGAUGAAAAAUUUGAAAUAAGCACGAUGGAUGCCGUAAUACUGCGAUUGUUUGCCAACCUUUCAAGCAAUGAGUCAUUCGGUCGUCUAGUUACAAGAAUUGAAGAGAGAAAUACAGCUCAAUUAAUAAAUGUCUUGAGAUUGGUGCAACUAGCAAUAACCAGUAAAGAAUCUUGGAACAAUGCAACUCUCACUGGUGUAUUAUCAUGGUGUUUCCCUUGUUUUCAAAAAACAGGGCAGUUGGUGAAAGAAUAUUUCGCUCUCAAUUUUGAAAACAACCAAACUGCGGAAAUUCUUCACGAUAAACUGAGCAUCACUUUGGAUAUUAUCGCAUCUUUAUCCCACUACGAUCACGUACAGGAAUUUCUUUUGUCUUAUGACGGGUUGGAAGAACUAAUAUCACUAUUAAAAUCACUCCAAGAAAAUCUGAUAAGAGUGAACAUUCAUAAAAAUGUUGAUGGUUCAGUUAAAUCUACAAAUAUUACAACUUCAUCUGGUGAGAAAGUGACGGAUCAAUCUUUACUCAACAUGAGAUACGACAGAUCAUCUAAGAAAAUAUUGCCUACAAAUUUUCCAGAGUGUAAAUCAUUAAUUAUUGAAAUAUUAUCGAUGCUGACUCACAAAAGAACAAAUGUCCAAGACAAAAUUCGCCAAUUACAUGGCCUAGAAUUGGUACUUUCAAAUUGUGUUAUAGACGAUAAUGACCCAUUUAUCAAAGAAAGAAGUAUUGUGUGCAUCAAGUUCCUUUUGCAAGAUAAUAAAGAAAACCAAGACUUCGUUGCAAAACUAGAGGCUAAGAAGCCAGUUCAAGAUGAGAUAAUAUCAGAAGCAGGUUUUGAAAUCAAAAUAGGUGAUACCGGAAGUGUCUCACUGAAAGCAAAAGAAAGAAUCGAAUAG